AUGGCCAAAGAGAAACCGAAUCAUCUUCUCACCUCCGAUGGAGAUGUAGGUGUUGAUGAAGAUAGAGAUGGAGUGUUAGUAGACGACGCUCACAACGAGCCGACGUUAGUAAUAGUGAUUCUGCUCCGGGAGAUGAUAAGCCUCCCGACCGCAGGCUCAGUUAACGUUCUGUUGAGACAAGCGUUGCACGCAGAUGAUCGGUCUCUUCUACUUGAUUGCUUGUAUAAUAGAGAUGAACAGGUGAUUGGUAACUCGGUUGCUAAGUUGAAUUCAGCUGAAGUACUCGAGCUUCUAAACUAUCUUCUGCCAAUACUACAAUCAAGGGGUGCGGUUUUAGCUUGUGCGGUUCCGUGGAUAAAGUGUCUGUUACUUACUCAUUCCAGUGGGAUUAUGUCUCAAGAGUCAUCUUUGCUCGCAUUAAACUCCAUGUAUCAGCUCAUUGAAUCACGAGUGUCUACUCUUCACACAGCUGUAGAAGUUUCAAGCUGCUUGGACUUGAUUGUGGAUGAAGAAGAAGAAGAAGAGGAUGCAGGUCCCGUGAUCUAUGAGGCCAAGGACCGUGAUGAAGAAGAAGGGGGAGGAACAGAGGAAGCAAUGGAGACAGAUGAAGAAGCAGACGAAUCAGCUGAUGGUGUCAAUGAUUUUGAAGAUUUUGAUGACAUGAGCGACUGA